AUGACAAACAAUUUAUCUCUAAUCUGCCAAACUAAUUCCUUCAAUUUUGUCUCUUUAAAUUCCUCAAUCUUAAAAAAGAGAUUCCAAAAUUAUCUAGAUUUGAUUGUCCACAAUAUCGAUUUUGAAGAAUCCCUAAAUAUAUCAAGCUCAAGAAAAUUCUUUAUAAAAGAAUUUUGUGUUGAUAGUUGGUAUUUUCCAUCCCAUGAUUUAUCCUACGAAGAAUUAAUCUAUGUAGCCUUUAUAAUCAUCCAAAAAUCUUGUAAUGAUGUCAAAACAGAAUAUAACUCCAAUUCCUGUUCCAAUUUAUCCUCAAAUUCUUUAAAUGAUUUAGUUCCUUCAAACAAUAAAAUUAUAUGCUUCUUAUUAGCCGUUAAAAAUUCUUACCAUGCUGGUAAUAAAUUUCACAAUUUUAGACAUGCAAUUGACGUUUUACAAGCUACCUAUUUCUUUCUAAUUAAACUAAAUCUCCUAUCAACAGAUUCCCUAAUUUAUGCCAAAUCCCAAAGUCAAAAUAGAAUAAUUAAAAACAAAAAAUUGAAUAUUUUAAAUUCUUUGAAAUCAAAAUCAAUUACUCAAAUCGUCAAUGAAGAAGUUCAAAAUACUUUAGAUAAAAGUGUUAUGAAACCAAUUGAAGUGUUAGGAUUACUAUUAGCUGCUCUUGGACAUGAUACUGGACAUCCUGGAUUGACCAAUUUAUUUUUAUGCAAACAUGAAUCACCAUUGUCCACUAUAUUUAAUGAAACAUCAGUUUUAGAAAACUAUCAUUAUAUUAUGUUUGAAAAACUAAUUACAAAUUUUUGGACAGAAAAACAUUUUAUUGAUCUUCCAAAGACAGUAUCAUGUUGCAUUAGUUUGAAAAAUCUAAUAACAGAAAGCAUACUAGCUACAGAUAUGGCAAAACAUUCGGAAUAUAUUACAAAAAUUAAACAUUUUAAAGAACUAGCCAAUGAAUAUAAUAAUAAUGCAAAUAAAAAUGAUAUAAAUAAAGAUGAAAUCAAAAAUAAAAUAAAGAACCAAAUCAAGGAAAAAUUAACCAGUAAAUUAUUAUGCUCAUUAAUAAUCAAAUGUGCAGAUAUUUCAAAUGUUACAAGACCUUUAAGAGUUUCAACUCAAUGGGGUAUAGCAUUGGGUAAAGAAUUUGGAGAAAUUGCCACAUUAGAAAGUUUAUUGACGAUAAACAAAAGAUUAUUGGAUUUAACGUUAAGAUUAGUAAGUUGUUUAAAAAACAAUCCGGAACUUUAUAAGGGACAAAUUUUUUUCAUUAAUACAUUUGCAUUAGAAUUAUUUAAAAGUAUUCUGGAAAUAUUUCCAAAUUUAAGAUUUGCUGUUGGAAUCAUUGAGAAAAAUGUUGCAUUUUGGGAAAAGAUUAAAUAUGAUAUUGAAAUUAAUGAUGGCAAAGAAUUAAAUGGGUUGGAUGAAAUAUUGCCUCUAGAAGCUAUAUAUUAA